GGUUUUGGAUUGGAGGGUUAUACGUACGAAGUAUUUUUAGGUUCAGAGAGAGUCGAUUCGAUUUGCAUAUAGUGUUUGGUUAAUUGUAAAAUAAUAUUUCUUAUCAUUUCUGUAGGCUUGUUGUAAUAUUUUAGGCCUUACAAUUUUGUUAUUUCGGGAAAGAAUUCAAUUAAAUCUAUUACACAAAAUUUGAAUUGUGAAACAAUGUUUGAAGUUGUUAGUAAUGCGUUGUUGGUUUCAAAUAAUGUUAAUGUUGAGAUGAUCAAAACAAAUAAAAUAUCUAUACCAAGUUAUGGAGUGAGACAAGGCUGGUUUCCGAGAACGGAAACUGACUUUCGAAACGGGGGAGCUUAUCCUGAAUGUCACAUCGCUCAAUAUCCCAUGGGUAUGGGACUUAAUUUUCCAAUAUUAAAAAAAAAAGAGGCUUCUUUAGGGUUUCAACUAGAUGAUAGCAGAAAAACAAAAUACGACUCUAUUGCCAGGAACGAUCGUGCAUCUAAUAAAAUUAUAUUCUCAAAUAUAUCACAACUUCUACCCGCCGAUAUUGCCAGUGAAGAGCUUCAUAAACCAAAUGUUGGAAUUCAGGAAGAGACUACAGAAACUACCAAACGAGCCCUAGAAAAGUUAACUAACCAAAAAAUAAAUGCUGCAACGCCCUAUAUGGAAAUCGGCAAAGCCUUAUCGACACAAUACCUUAGGUUUACUUCAGUUCAACAAGGACAUGAGUAUAACUCGGGUGCAAAACAACGAGUCAUUAAAAUGGUAGAAGCCCAGGUGGACCCAAUGGAACCCCCUAAGUUCAAGGUUAGCAAAAAAAUACCUCGUGGUCCACCCUCUCCUCCAGCUCCAGUGCUGCAUUCACCAUCUCGCAAAGUUAGUAUGAAAGAACAAAAGGAGUGGAAAGUCCCACCUUGCAUUUCUAAUUGGAAGAAUGCAAAAGGUUAUACUAUUCCAUUAGAUAAAAGACUAGCAGCUGAUGGUCGAGGACUGCAACAACUACAUAUUAAUGAAAAAUUUGCCAAAAUGGCUGAAGCACUUUACAUAGCAGAUAGGAAAGCUCGUGAAGCUGUCGAAGCUCGUGCACAGCUUGAAAAGAAGUUGGCACAGAAAGAAAAAGAUAAAAAGGAAGACUUGUUGCGUAUAAUGGCACAGAGAGCUCGGGAAGAAAGAGCUGGUUUUCGAGUACUUGAAGAUGGUGAAACUUAUGACAUGAAGCAACGAAAUGAGUUACGAAUAGAGAGGCAUAGAGAUCGUACACGGGACAAAAAUUUGUCACGCGCAGGUCCUGACAAGCGAUUAAAAUUGCAUCGUGAACGGGAACGUGACAUAACCGAAUUAAUUGCUCUUGGUAAAUCUGCUAAAGCAGCAACAAGUUCAGAAACUCAAUUCGAUCAAAGAUUGUUUAAUAGAACGAAAGGAAUUAACUCUGGGUUUAUUGAUGAUGAAGCUUAUACUGUUUAUGAUAAACCCUGGCGCGAUUCCACAUCAUUGGGUUCUCAAUUACAUCGACCUAGUGAACUGGACAGGAAUACCUAUGGGGCGGAGAAUAGUAAAAUUAUUGCCACCAAUAAAUUUAUUCCAGAUAAGGAAUUUAGUGGUGCAGGGCGUUCCUCAUAUAAUAUUAGAAGAGCUCCUGUACAGUUUGAAAAGGAAGAUGAUCCUUUCGGCUUGGAUCAGUUUCUCAAUAUGGCUAAAAAAGCUACAAAGAGAACUGAUAAUGAGGAGCACUUUUUUGAUAGUAAGAAAAAAAAAUAGAUUGAAUUGAUUUAAAUGUAAACUUUAUUUUUUGUAACUUUCAUGAACUAAUCAUGUAAUAAUAUAAUAAUAACUACUACCUAGCAUGUA